AUGCCUGUUAGGUUUGGAGUACCUCAAGGGUCAGUUCUUGGUCCUAUACUCUUUUCAAUAUUCUGUAACGAUUUACCAGAUGUUGUAGUUGAUGAAAAUGAGAAUGUUGAGAUGUAUGCGGAUGAUACAACAUUGUACGUAGUAGCUAGGACUCACGAUCAAGUUGCCAAUAUGCUGAAUAAAACUUUAAAGAAGUUAUAUGAAUGGUGCUGUCUAAAUGGACUGUCUCCUCACCCGGGUAAGACCGAGUACAUGCUUUUAGAUCGAGGGAAAUUUGCUGGUCCACUCCAGGACAUCAGAUUUGGAAACAAUAGUAUUAAACAGGUGCUGGUUUCUAGAUGUUUGGGAUUAGAAAUUGAUUAUCAAUUAAAUUGGACCUACCAUGUUUCUGAAGUUAUUAAAGCAUUUACUCAGAAGUUGAAUUUGUUAAAAUCAUUAUACUUCCUACCGAAAAAAG